GCCGUUGGCCUGGACAGUUGCGGAGUGGGGUGCACGGCGCGGGCUGCCGAGGGGCGGCCGGCACCCGAGGCGAGGGUGCACUUCCGAGUGACGAGGUUCAUCAUGGAGGCAGGAAGUUGCACGAGGUCCGAAGAAGGAUGGCGGUGGCCUCCCACAGGCUGCCAUGCAUCCGCUUGGAGGGUCCGUGUAAACCAGGGCAGCCUGCUGCCCUUUGAGGACUUGCUACAUGAAACAGGGCUUGGAGGGUCAUGUGCAGCUAUGACUCCGUAUCUGACGUCUCGGGACUGAAGAGUCUCGUGUAGGAACUGCCUAUGUAACUGAAGUUUAAACCUUGACGUGCUAAAAGCUCCUCCAGGAGUCAAGCUAGGGAUGCAGUCCAUUCCCAUCGCCACUGCUUGUACCAUUUACCAUAAGUUCUUCUGCGAGAUCAACCUGGACACCUAUGACCCCUACUUGGUCGCCAUGUCUUCCCUUUAUUUGGCCGGCAAAGUGGAGGAACAGCACCUGCGCACUCGGGACAUCAUCAACGUGUCCAACAGGUAUUUCCACCCGGGCGGCGAGCCGCUGGAGCUGGACUCCCGCUUCUGGGCUCUUCGGGACAGCAUAGUGCAGUGCGAGCUCCUCAUGCUGAGGGUCCUGCGUUUCCAAGUCUCCUUCCAGCACCCGCACAAGUACCUGCUCCACUACCUGAUUUCCCUCAAGAACUGGCUGAACCGUUACAGCUGGCAGCGGACCCCCAUUUCCGUCACUGCCUGGGCCCUGCUGCGGGACAGCUACCACGGGGGGCUGUGCCUCCGGUUCCGGGCUCAGCACAUAGCCGUGGCAGUGCUCCACCUGGCCCUGCAGGCCUAUGGGGUGGAGGUGCCCGCCGAGGCCGAGGCCGAGAAGCCGUGGUGGCAGGUGUUUAGUGACGACCUUACCAAGCCAAUCAUUGAUAACAUUGUGUCUGAUCUCAUUCAGAUUUAUACCAUGGACACAGAGAUCCCCUAAGGCCCUGGUCCAGGCCUGCCCAAAGAAGCCUGGGAUGCUCGGCUGCCUGGGGACGGCAUCACCACGUCGCUGUGACGGCUGGUCCCCAGAAGACCAGCUGGGGGGACUGGUUUUGUGCUGCUGGAGACGGGCUGGUGAAGGCGAUGACCUGCUGCCACUCUGAUUCUCAUGCUGACUGUCCCCGGCAGCUGUGGUCCAGACGGUGAUGGGCACUGUGCCUCCUGCGGGCAGGCCGGGGUGCACCAGGGGAAGGGCCCCCCAGGCAUCCGUGUCUGCUUCUGUCCUUUGAGAGGACGGUGACUGCAGUUGAGGUGUGACGUCAUUGGAAGCAAAAUCCAAGAACAGACGAGACUGUACCCUUGGGGAUUUUUUAAAGCCAGAUUUAUAGGAAGUAUGAAUGUGCAACACAGAUGGAAUUUUAUUUUGUAUAAUAAAAGAUGAUACAAAUCGU